CGGGUUCUCGGCGUGCGGCGGCGGCUCUGGACGUCGGGAAGGAGAAGAGGCGAGAACGGGAGCUCCGACCGGCAAAUGGGAACCGGAGUCCCGCUCCGGUGUGCGGGACCGCUGCCUGCCCGGGGACCCCCAACCACGCACCCACCGCCCCUGUCCCGCAUGGAGCUGAGAGCAGGAGACUCUUGGGGGAUCUUCACCUUCCUGUGCGCCGCGCUCUGCAACCUGCCGGCGCUGCCCGCCCUGAACUGCACGGAGGAGCUGGGUGCCGGCCAGUCCAUCCAGAAGACCUACGACCUGACCCGCUAUCUGGAGCACCAGCUCCGCACCCUCGCCGGCACCUACCUGAACUACCUGGGCCCCCCCUUCAAUGAGCCCGACUUCAACCCCCCGCGCCUGGCGCGCGUCGAGCGGGUGCCCAGCGCCACGGUGGACUUGGACCUGUGGCGAGGGUUGACCGAUAACGCCCGUCUGGCCGCCAACUACCGUGCCUACAGCCGGCUGCUCUGCUACCUGCGGGCGCUGGACGGGCAGGCGGGCACCGCCGAGCUGCGUCAUCGCCUCGGCCACUUUUGCUCCAGCUUGCAAGGUUUGGUGCUCAGCAUCGCCGGUGUCAUGUCCUCCCUGGGUUAUCCGCUGCCCGCCGGGCCCCCCGCGCCCCCCGGUACCCCCGUCGCCUCCAAUGACUUCCUCAAGAAGAUGGAUGAUUUCUGGUUGCUGAAGGAGCUGCAGACUUGGCUGUGGCGCUCGGCCAAGGACUUCAACCGCCUCAAGAAGAAGGUGCCGCCCGCCGUGGUCACCCUGCGCCUGGAGGCGAGGGGCUUCUGAGACCCCCCCCCUCUGAUGGCCCCCCCCCCCUCCCCGCCUCGUCGGGAUGGGGGUCCUCACCCCGACGGGCCACCACACGUCCCCACCGCCACCUUGCUGUGCCUUGCAGGAUGGGGGCCCUGACCCCAAAGUGCCACCAAAGCCACCCCACGUUCUGCCCCCCCCCGUCACCACACUGUGCCUUGAGAGAUGGGGCUCCUGACCCCAAAGUGUCACCAAAGCCACCCUGCAUCCUCAUCAUCACCUCGCCGUGCCUUAAGGGACAGGGGUGCUGGCCCCAAAGUGCCACCAAAGCCACCCCGCAUCCUCAUCAUCACCUCGCUGUGCCUUAAGGGCUGGGGCUCCUGACCCCAAAGUGCCACCAAAGCCACCCCACGUCCCCCCCGUCACCACCCUGUGCCUUGAGAGAUGGGGCUCCUGACCCCAAAGUGUCACCAAACCACCCCGCAUCCUCAUCAUCACCUCGCCGUGCCUUAAGGGACGGGGUUCCUGAC